AUGCCUUUCGUCGCGACUGAAGAGCAGGUCAAGGCCUUUCAGGCCUUCUCACAUCGGCCUGGGUUCUCGCAAGAGGUCAUUGCUGUUGAUUUCGAGACAACCCCCGAAUUCGUCAAGAGCGUUCUACCCCCAGGGCUAGAACCGGCCAUCAGGCCUGUGGGUACAGUGUCUCUGUCGACGUGGGAGAGCAAGCUCUGCGGCGAGUUCGAGUGCACCAUGGUCUCGCUGCAGGCAGUGCACGAUGGCGUCGAGGGCAAGUACAUCCUGACCCUCAUCGUCUCGGGAGACACGCCCGUGACCUGGGGCCGAGAGAUCUGGGGAGAGAUCAAGAAGACGGGCGUGACCAAGCUGUUCCGCAGCGGUCACCGUCGCUCUGGCUUUGGCGAGCGCAAUGGCGUGCGCCUGGUGGAGAUGAGGGCCACGUUUGACGAGGACCUGCCACCCAAUGUCGAAGAGUCCAUUGGCUACGAAAUCAAGGCCUACCCUUCGUCUACUGGUAUAGGUUUGCACGAUGAGCCCAGACUUCUCAAGCUCAACAUCACCGAUCAUAACACGGUCCGAGCCGAAGGAAAGGGUACCCUCAUACUGCGCGGCACGACGAGCGACCCGCUCCAUGACAUCCCCAUCAAGUCAAUCGACAAAUUCAAGUAUGUCAGCGGAGUGGCGGAUUAUUUUGUUCUGGAAGAAAAGCCUCUGGGAAUUGGCAAUGCCUACCUUCCCUAUCUGAUUGGUCGUCAUUACGAUGAUCUGCGGGCCUUUCAGAUUGGAGCUGAUUUCGACAAAACUACCCAGAUUGAGCACAAAGUCUCUGCAGCUAGAGAAUUCACCUCACUCUAG